AUGGCAGUGUCUAAUUUUAGUAGUGAAAAUGCAUCUUCUUCUACAUCUUCUUCUUCUUCUUCUUCAGAGAUAGUUUUCUUUGAUUUAGAAACAACAGUGCCUAACAAGGUUGGACAGAGGUUUUGGGUUCUGGAGUUUGGUGCAAUUGUAGUUUGUCCAAGGAAACUUGUUGAGUUGGAAAGCUAUUGUACCCUCAUUAGACCUAAGGAUUUGCAUGUUGUCGCGGUAAGGUCUGGCCGAGCUGAUGGAAUAACACGCGAAGCUGUUGCUGAUGCGCCUUCCUUUGAGGAUGUUGCUGACAAGAUAUUCAGCAUUUUAGAUGGAAGAAUAUGGGCAGGACAUAAUAUUCAAAGAUUUGACUGCAUUAGGAUUAAAGAAGCCUUUGCUGAGAUUGUUAGGCCUGCUCCUAAGCCGGUUGGGAUAAUUGAUUCAUUAGGAGUAUUGACAGAGAAAUUUGGCAGAAGAGCUGGAAAUAUGAAGAUGGCAACAUUGGCAUCUUAUUUUGGCCUUGGUCAACAAAAACACAGAAGCCUUGAUGAUGUUCGGAUGAACCUGGAAGUCCUCAAACAUUGUGCAACUGUCCUUUUUCUGGAAUCAAGCCUCCCAAGUAUAUUGGACGGCAAGUGGCAUACCAAUCCCAAUGUGACUACCCGAAGCAGGAGUAUCCUGGAGUCAAGCUUCCCUAGUUCAUUAAAUGAAAGACGGUAUGGUUCAUCCAUGACAUUAAGAAGCAGCCGAGGGAAAAAUCCAUGUGGAGAAGAAACAAGCCGGAAAUCUCCACCUACAUCAUUGACUUAUCGCCGGGCUGUUCCUUAUGCAACAGAAGGAAUUGGAAAGAUGACAGCAAGAGUAAAGAAUCUUCUUUGCAAAGCUCAAAACAAGCCUUUGAAUCACAUCUUACGACAUUCUCAAUCACUGCUCCGUGCUGGAUUCGUUCUCAGAAAAGCUGAUGAAACUGACAAAUGGUGCAUGGCUUCUGAUUACUCCAUACAAAACUUGGUGGAAGCUCAGAUGAAUUGA